AUGAGAUACACCGUUCUUUUCAGUGCCAUUGCUGGCCUCUUCCAGUCUGCAGCCGCCGUGAGCGUCUCCGGCGCUGCUGAGGGUUUUGCAAAGGGCGUCACUGGCGGUGGUUCUGCUGCUGCUGUCUAUCCCACCACCACCGAUGAGUUGGUUUCCUACUUGGGAGAUUCGACUGCCCGUGUGAUUGUCUUGGACCGGACCUUCGACUUUACUGGCACUGAAGGCACCACGACUGCCACUGGCUGUGCGCCCUGGGGAACUUCUUCUGGCUGCCAAACUGCCAUCAACAAGGAUAACUGGUGCAACAACUAUCAGUCGUCUGCUCCCAGUGUCAGCGUGUCAUAUGACAAUGCCGGUAUGCUUGGAAUUACUGUCAACUCCGACAAGACCAUCCUUGGUUCUGGAUCCAGCGGUAUCAUCAAGGGCAAAGGUCUUCGCAUUGUGAGCGGUGCCAGCAACAUUAUCAUCCAAAACAUCGCCAUCACCGACAUCAACCCCGAAUACGUCUGGGGAGGUGACGCUAUCACCCUCAACAACGCUGACAUGGUCUGGAUCGACCACGUUACUACUGCCCGCAUCGGCCGUCAACAUCUCGUCCUCGGAACCCAGGCCGACAACCGCGUCACCAUCUCCAACAACUACUUCAACGGUGUCACCGACUACAGCGCCACCUGCGAUGGCUACGCCUACUGGGGCAUCUACUUUGACGGUUCCAGCGAUCUGAUCACCCUCAAGGGCAACUACAUCCACCACUUCAGCGGCCGCAGCCCCAAAGUCCAGGGCAACACUCUCCUCCACGCCGUCAACAACUACUGGUACGACUCUACCGGCCACUCCUUCGAGAUCGGCUCUGGUGGUUACGUCCUCGCCGAGGGAAACAUUUUCCAGAACAUCGCCACCCCAGUUGAGUCACCUGUUAGUGGACAGCUCUUCACAUCGCCUGAUUCGAACACCAACACCGUCUGCGCUACUUAUCUCGGUCGCAACUGCCAGGUUAAUGGAUUCGGUAGCUCUGGAAGCUUCAGCCAGGCUGACACUUCCUUCUUGGUCAACUUUGAGGGCAAGAACAUUGCGUCGGCUUCGGCUUAUAGCUCUGUUACCAAUGUGCCUAACACUGCUGGACAGGGGAAUCUGUAG